UUCUUCCCGGCUCCUCCUCUGUGCUGCUUCUCCCUCCACCGUCCCAAACCACAGGAAAAAAAACAAAAAAACUUUCCAGACUUCCUGAAAAAAAAAACCCUCUGGUUUGCGAGGUUCGCUGGGGAAACCUAUGGCGGAGGACAAGGAGAUAUGAACCGUGAAGUAUGGUCCCGAUGAGCGAGCUGACGGACGCACCUCUGACCCCGCUGGCUGCCCCAGAACAACUUCCCUGCAAAGAGUCCCGGGGGAAAAGCUUGACGUCUUCUGAGGGGAACAAUGAAGAGGAGAGGAGGCAGAGGAGGCGUGGACGCACACCUACAGACCUCCAGCUCCUGCUGGACCCAGAGUCAGAACCCUCAGAGAGCAGGAAGAAACCAGCUGGCCUCAGCAGACAGAAAGCCGCCGAGCCGCUUUCACCAAUGCUGUGUCUGAGCGAUGUUGAAACCAAGAUUGACAGGAAGAAAUCCCAGACCAACCAGUUAUCAAAGACGAACGCUCAGUACCACAAGUUAUUCAAGGUAGUCUCCAAAGAUGAACUGCUCAAACAGAGCUACACCUGCGCCCUGCAGAGAGACAUGUUAUAUCAGGGCAAAAUGUUCGUCUCGCAAAACUGGAUCUGUUUCCACUCCAAAGUCUUUGGCAAAGCAAUCAAGAUUUCCAUUCCAGCGACUUCUGUGAAAAUAAUUAAAAAAACUAAAACGGCAUUGUUGGUGCCCAACGCCCUUGUGAUUGAAACUACAGAAAUGGACCACGUCUUUGUAUCAUUUCUCUCCCGAAACAACACCUUUAAAUGUCUGAAAUCCAUCUGCCCUCAUUUGGAGGUGGAUAAGAUUAGUAGCAGCCCUGUAGCCUCCUCCUGUGAAAACAGCUUCAGAGCUAGCUGCCCCACGUCGCUUCCUCUGGACUUUUCUGGAGACUUCUCUGACCUGGAUGGAGUUGUGCAGCACAGACGGCAGGACAUGAUGGAGAGCAGCAGCUCUGGGUCCCAGACUCCAGAUUAUGACAAAAUAAGCGACUUCAGCAGCCUCCCAGACCCAUUUCUAAGUGCAACGAAGACCAGAGAGGUUUCGGUCCAUGCAGACAUUCACCUCCAGAGUCCAAGCCAGAAGCACGGAGCCAUCCUGAAGAACGGCCAAAGCAAGCCACCACAUGGUCUUCCACCAAAAGACACGUCCUCACAGCCAAAGUCCUUACACGUCAUCCUCUUCAUCUAUCUGUUUUUAGUCAGCCUUCUUGUCUUGUCCUCCUGUUACAUGGCCUUCAAGAUUGUAGCUCUUGAGCACCGGUUGAACUCCUUGUUGUCGAUGGGAGAACUCAUACAUAAUGAAACCUUAUGGCAGAAAUCCUGGGAGCCAAAGGUCGCAGAUCGAAGUGAACGCUGAGAUAUACGGGGAGCUCUCUACUAACCUGUUCAAGUUAGACAAGAUUCAAAGAAACCUCAGGAAGCUCCUGGAUGAGACUUAAAAGAGGACUUGUGUCGACGUCUCAGUCCAGAAGGAGGCUUGGCUGUUAAUUAGAGAGGCAGCGGGAGCCGUGCGGAGCGGCAGCGAGCACAUUUGGUGGCUCUGUUGCCAAAGCCUGGAUAGCUCCUACUGAGAGUUCUGUCUAAAAAGCUGUAUGAACAUUUGCUGUGCAAUAAUAGCCUCACUCUA